GCAAUCUCACCGUCGGCCAUCUUUACUGACCGAGAAAAUCGGCACUCUACCCAGUCUCGUCUUCUUCAUCACACGAUGCUUCCACUGCCUCUCCUCCCCGUUCUGCUCCUCUUCGUCGUGGUGGACGGCUACCCGUCCAUCUGCAGCAACGCCACCUGCGGCGACCUCACCAUCGCCUACCCGUUCUGGCUCAACUCCUCUACAUCUUCCAGCUGCGGUUAUUCCGGCCUGGGCCUCGCCUGCGAGGGCAACACCACUCUGAUUCUCCUCGACCAAUCGCACCACCGGUACAGAGUCUCACACAUCGACUACGACACACAGACGGUGUCCUUGGUCGGAGACGCCGAAACCUUCAGCACGACCAGCUGCCCGCUCCUCCACUUCAACCUCACCAUCGACACCAGCUCCCCUCUGCACCUCACAAGCUCGGGCUCCAACAUCACCUUCUUCUACAACUGCACGAAGAACGCCUCCUGGCCUUCUGCCGUGGAAUUAAGUGGCUGUCCAGACUAUAACAAGACUUCGUACGUGCUCAUGGACGAUGGUUACCCGGGCGAAGCGUCCAAGUACGGUUGCGAGGCGGCGGUGGUGGCGCCGGUGCUGGAUACUCAUAAGGAGGGCAGCCCCGGGCCCUGGGCGCCCGCACACCCUGCCCACCCACUAGGGCCGGCCCUGAAGGAGGGCAUGGGGGAAAUGCCCCUGGAGAGAAGAUAUGCUGAUGUGCUGAUGGGCGGGUUCGAACUGAACUACAGCCCGCACUCCGGGCAGUGCGGCAUCUGCGAGCGUUCCGGCGGAUGGUGCGGCUACCAGCACAACCAGACGAAUGGAUCGUUGGGAUUCACCUGCUUCUGCCAUAGCGGCCCGACCACGGAUCAUUGUGGUACGUACGCGUCAAUGCCGUCAUCUCCUCCCUCAGGCUCAGUGCUUCUCUUUGAAUAGUCAGUGGGUGGUGACUUAU